AUGAAGUACAUCCAAACCGACCAAAUUCUAGAUAUCCCAGAAGGUGUCACUGUCAACAUCAAGUCCAGAGUUGUCAAGGUCACUGGUCCAAGAGGUGUCUUGACCAAGAACUUGAAGCACAUUGAUGUUACUUUCACCAAGUUGAGCAACAAGCAAAUCAAAAUCACUGUUCACAACGGUGACAGAAAGCACGUUGCUGCUUUGAGAACCGUCAAGUCUUUGGUUGCCAACAUGGUCACUGGUGUCACCAAGGGUUUCAAGUACAAGAUGAGAUAUGUGUAUGCACACUUUCCCAUCAAUGUGAAUGUUAUUGAAAAGGAAGGUCAAAAGUUCGUUGAGAUCAGAAACUUCUUGGGUGACAAGAAGGUCAGAGAGGUCCCAGUCAGAGAAGGUGUUGAGAUUGAAUUCUCCACCACCCAAAAGGAUGAAAUCGUCUUGUCUGGUAACUCCAUUGAAAACGUUUCCCAAAACGCUGCUGACAUCCAACAAAUCUGCCGUGUCAGAAACAAGGAUAUCCGUAAGUUUUUGGAUGGUAUCUACGUCUCUGAAAAGGGCUUCGUUGUCCAAGACGAAUAG